AGGGGGGUAGGACAGUGUUGUGAACCGUGGGGUGGGAGAGUUUCGGUGGAGCUUUUGGAGUAAUUCCCCAGCACAGACGUCGCGGAUCGUACAGCGAAAAGGUGAGUGAAGAUGGCCCGUACUAAGCAGACCGCCCGUAAAUCCACCGGAGGGAAGGCGCCGAGGAAACAGUUGGCCACCAAGGCCGCUAGGAAGAGUGCGCCCUCUACUGGCGGAGUGAAGAAACCCCAUCGUUACAGGCCAGGAACCGUGGCUCUGAGAGAGAUCCGCCGUUACCAGAAAUCCACUGAGCUGCUGAUCCGCAAACUGCCUUUCCAGCGUCUGGUGAGAGAAAUUGCUCAGGACUUCAAGACUGACCUGCGCUUCCAAAGUGCUGCCAUUGGUGCCCUGCAGGAGGCCAGUGAGGCAUACCUGGUGGGUCUGUUUGAGGAUACCAACCUGUGUGCCAUCCAUGCCAAGAGGGUCACCAUCAUGCCCAAAGACAUCCAGCUGGCCCGCAGGAUAAGGGGCGAGAGGGCUUAGAGAAGAGCCUCAUGCCUAGCCUCUGAAACGUGUAUCAUACCUUAUUUACCACUUUUUGUGGACACUUAUUUUAUCCUUCCAGUUUUUAAGGUGUAAUUUAAGAUUUUUACUAAUUGUCAAGUCAUUCCACAAAUCUAACUCAGGAUGAGAGCGUACAGCCUGUGGCUCUGGCACUAGUGGGGAUAUCUUGGAGUGGGGAGUAUGCUGCAUUCUCGCCUAAGACCAGUGAGAUGACUUUCCACAUCUGCCUUCUGGGCAGAUUGGUUCCUGUGAUGUUUAGGUCAGUGUGGCAGCAUAUCCUGCUCACUUAAAGAGAAUAUGGCAGCUACAGUUGGUUAUUUAAGUUCCAACAUGUAACACUAAUUGGCAUGUAAAUGUUUCAGUUGACUGGGUAUUUGUAUUGCAGAACCAUGCUAUUAUUUUUGUAGUUCAGUUAUUUUCCUAUGAAACUGCUUUGAUUGUGAAGCAGAGGGCUUGGUUUAUCUUUUGGGUUUUCCUUGUAAGCUGUAGUAUUGCAGUUACCCUGGCUCAGGAGUGCCACUGUGUUAACUGCUCAAGAACCAGCAGUUCUAGCCCCACAACUCAUGAGCCCACUUGUGCCCUGAGCUCUAUUGGGUUCUUGGUGUUCUGAUCUUGGUAACAGGCUGGAAGUCUUCAUAUGCAAUACAGACAGCAUUGAUGUCAUGGAGGGGCUCCCAGAUCUGGGGAUCGACCCCCCCCCAGCUGUUUUUUUUUUUUUGUUGCAGCUGAGCUGUUGGAUCAUGUCAAGCCUACAGCAAAAUUGGCAGAAUUUGUAUUUUUGGUAUUAAAGAAGUUUUGGCUGUUGCCUUUUUUUCAUCUGUUGAGUUUAAUAUGCAACUCAUAAGUUAUGUUGAUUUUAAAACAUUGCAAAGUUUCCAAUGUGGCAACUUCCUCUAUCUUAAGAGCUUGGUAGGAAUUGAGUACUGCUGGUGUGUGGUGGGUGCUGUCGGCACAUGCUGGAUCUUCUAAUCCCCGAUGGCUGAGCUCCUUUCACUUGCAAUAAUCCCACUCUGACCAGUUAGUUCCUCCCUGUACAGAAUGGGAGACUGGUUACUUGUGUCACUGAGAUGGUUAUUCUGUGCGAGCAGGCACCUUGAAUAGUCCAGCCUGCUUUUUGUAUUCUUUUUUUUUUUAUGUAAACCUUGGCAGCUACAGUUUAACACUAUUUAUGAUGUUCUGUUGUCACAUUGUAGUAGUCUUUGUAUUAAAUGACUUUGCGAA